AUGUCUGACUCCGUGGAUCUUGCGACAGAUGCACAUGCUGUUGUGGAAAAGAAGACUGUCACUGUCAUUUUGGAUACGAAUGACGAGGCGUUCCUGUUUGAUAGUAGUCUCGCCUUCAAGACCGAGAGUCUGCUGAUUUACGCAGAAAAGAUCAAGAUAUCUGGGCAGAUCAAUCUCCCAGGAAAAAACGUAGGAAUAUUUUGUUCUAAAUUGACGGUUGACGGACCUGCCACGAUCAAUGUUUCUGGAGAUGACGGAAGGGCUGGGGACACCUCCAUCAAUGAGGAAGGUGGGGAGGGCGGUGAUGGCCAAAAUGCUGGAAAUGUUUGGGUCUUUGUUCAAGACUUGACUGUAUCGCAACUUCAAGAAUUGAAGAUUGAGUCCUAUGGCGGAACAGGUGGUAUGGGAGGUGAUACUAGUGCUUCAGGCAAGAUCGGUGGGAAUGGAGGAAAAGGAGGGGACGCAGGGAAUAUCGAAUUUCUUUAUGGCAGCAAAUACCAGGCAGCCUAUCUAGCCUUUCGAGAGCUAUAUUCUCAGCCAUGGCCGGAGAAAGCACGGAAUUUGCUCCAAGGGAGCUCAUGUCGCGAACUUCCCUCCUAUGUGUCGGCAGAGGAUAAGGCAAUCGUUGCUAAUUACGUUGACCUCGCGAAUGCACUUCUUGCUUUAGAUCGUGUGUUGGAUAAUGUACAUGGUCAGAGCUCGAUCGCUCAUUCCAUCCAGCAGAUGAUCCACAGCAACUUGAGUUCUAAGCCAGCACCUUUGAAAACCCCCGAUUCACAGAUCAUCCGGAAGAUUCAGAGAGCCAAAGAUCAAAUCAGGCAGUCUGUUCGGAUCCAACAGUCGAAUAUAGACAGUUUUUGGAAGGACCUUGAGACAACAAUGCACGGCUUGACUCCGGAAGACGACUCAAAGUUGAUCGAUGUGAUGGUAACGGUACUGGGUGAUAUCAAAAGAGAUCUUACCGGGAUCGAAACAAAGGUCCGCGAGAUAUGCAAAACUGGCAAUGGCGUGGGAGGCCGAGGUGGUUCUAGCGGCACUGCAGGAUCAAAGCCUGGUAGCAAGGGUGAAGACAGCAAGCAACGAGGAACCGUUACUCCGAGAAAUUUGCGCUUAGAUGGCCAUGAAGAAGACUUGGUUGCAUCGCAGGUUUUUGCAUUCCCUGACCAAUGCCAGAUGCUCGUCAACAAUGCCAAUAAGUUGUUCUUUGCGAAUACGGAAAAAGAUCGCAAGAGAGCUUCCAAAAUCUAUGACACCAUCAUAACGCGAUUGAGAUUUUUGGAUGCUCUCAAGGGCGAGAAAAUAGCUACAUCUGGUUUAGGCAAGGCCUACACUACGAUAGAGACGAAUUGGGCGGUAACCUUGAGUGGAUUGACCCAGUUACGCUCUGUUUACGAAGAAAGCCUUAGCAGAUUCAACCGACUGCUCGUUGGGGAGGACAUGUUUGGCCAUAGAGCCAAUUGGGCGCCUCGCCUAGCCUUCCAGUACUACAAAGAGUCUGUCAACGAUCAACUUUCCUUUCUAAAGCAGCAGGAGGAUUACACAGCUGGUUUUGAGAAAGCCGUGAAGAAAGAAGAGGAACAAACGAGAUACAUCGAGAAAAGCAGAAAUGCGAUGACGUCCAACAAACAAGCAGCCGACUCCGAGAUACAACUUCUAACCGAUACUAACGGUCCGCUGAGAACUACAGCUUACAAGAUUGUGGCCUUUACUCCACUUUUGAAGAAGAGGCGUCAGGAGAUAAAGAAUAAGAUCAGCCAGAUUGAACUCAGCACGAAGUUAGAUCCUGAAUUGAUCAUCGAGGGCAUUGGAAUGCUUAUUACUGUUGACCCAUCACGAUCGGCGAUCAAAGACUUUCUAGAUUUCGGAUACAAGCUUUACAAUUCCACAACAAUGGUCAAAGAUGCCGAAGGAAAUGACGUGAAGAAGGAAUACAUCAUUGAGCAAUUGGGAGAUGCAGGGGACAGCCUGGAGUCCUUGGUAGAGGCAUUACAAACCAAUAAGAACGACAAAACAAUCCAACUGGACGACCCCGGCGCCAUGAAACUCAUUGCAUCUAACGAGGGCAUUAAAAAGAUAUUGAAAAACUUCAAGGAUGCAAUUCCGGAGAGUCAGAAAAGAAAGCUAGAGGCUGACUUGGAUGACUACUUGAAGACCGUUCUCACCCGAAACAACGCUGUCUUGGAGUAUAACUCCAACGUUCUUUUGUUGAAAGAAGCACUCCAAUCACGACAGUAUGCCCAGGAGCAAAUUGAAAAUCUUGGACAGGCCGCAUUGAAGAUCGACCCAAGCCUUCCUGCGGUGGUCUUUUGGCUUCGGAAGAUGAGAGACAGUCUGCGUUUGGUGGUGAUGAAAUAUCUCAACUAUGAGAGUCGGGCCAUCAGGUUCUGGGGUCUCCGAAAGGAGGUUCCGUUCGCCGCCCCCGGUCCAUUGAUGAACUAUAUUGCUCUACAAAACAAUCAAAUGCAUCUUCAGAGUAUGUUCGACGAUAGUGUUGCCUUGUACAGCGGCAACAUCCGGGUUGUUUGGCCGCGAAACAGUGCAGAUGCAGGUCUGCGUUAUAAACUUACUCAAGAGCAAUUGAAGAUCUUAAAGACGCCAGACAAUGAGGGCCGCUAUACAGUUUUCAUUCCUUUGAACUUCCACAAUUCCCAGGGAAUCUUUGGGGACAGCAUUGAUGUUCGAUUGCAAGAAGUUCGUGUAUGGGUUUUCGGUGCUGAGAUUGCAAAGAUCGAUGAAAAUGGACACCGAAAAUUGACGAUUCAAGUCACGCAUCUUGGAAAUGAGACUAUUUAUGAUGAGGAGAGAGCCCCUUUCGACUUUGAGCAUGAUAGCACCGAGGUGCAAUUUGCUUACCAUGUGGAUCUUGUCCCAUCUAUCAGGGAAGCAAACUGGGAGGCAAUCUUUAGUGCUGGAGGGUUGGAGCAUGACUUUGUCCUUGGUGGUCAACCAGUCAAGUCUAGUCGAGCCCCACUGGGUCCUUUUACAACUUGGAGACUACAGAUCCGAGAGAAAGAUGCGAAUCCGGGCAUUAAAAUGCAGGGUGUUCAUGAAGUGUGGCUGGAAUUCCGGGGUUCAAAUCGGUCCUCAAAAUACAGUAACAACCCACGUGCCUAG